AUGGCAGGCAAGAAGAAAGAAACCCAGCUCCAGACAAUAAUAACCAAUCAAAACCAGUGGGAUGAAAUGUUGCUGACAAAAGGUGUAGUAGUAAUAGAUGUGUAUCAAGCUUGGUGUGGUCCUUGCAAAGCUGUGGUGAAUUUAUUCAGAAAACUGAAGAAUGAGUUUGGUGAAGAGGAUCUGUUGCAUUUUGCAGUGGCAGAGGCUGACAGCAUAUCAACUCUGCGACCAUUUAGGAAUAAAUGUGAACCUGUGUUUCUCUUCUGUAAUGGCAAAAUUAUUGCAAUAGUGAGAGGUGUGAAUGCUCCUCUUCUAACUAAGAAAAUAACAGAGCUAGUGCAAGAAGAAAGAAGUGCAACUGGACAGAAAGAAUGCACUGAGGCAGAUGAACUUGUUUUCCUAGAAGAGAAAUCAUCAGAAGAGGAUGUUGCGGAGAAUGCACCCGAGGAAGUAGUCAGAUAUUCCAUUGGAAUUAUAAAACCCAAUGAUGUUUUAGAGGGACGUGUAGAGGAAAUUAAACAAAAGAUUAGAGAUGCAUGAUUUGACAUUGAAGCAGCAGAAGAGAAAAUGCUAACUGAAGAGCAAAUCAGAGUAUUCUAUGCCCAGAAUAAAGAACAGCCUGAUUUUGAUGAUUUUGUUCAACUCAUGAUGACUGGACCAUGCCACGUUUUGGUAAUCACAAAAAAAGAAGAAACUGAUGCUAUUCCUCACUGGAAAGAACUACAUCAAGCGAGUGAGAGUGUGCCUGAGGAGCCUGAGGCUGGGAAGCGAGGCAGCUUGGAAAGAACUGUGGAAACUGAGAGUAUAUUAAAUAUAUGUGAUGUGCAAGACAGUGUAGAAGAUGCCAGCAGGCAGCUCGCCUUCUUCUUCCCAAAUUUUGACAGAAAGAAGACAGACCAAAAAGUUGAAAAGACUUUGGCCUUAAUUAGACCUUCUCUCUUAAAGGAAAGACGGCUUUUCCCAUUCUGCAGUGGUCCAACUCUUGUACUUGCUCUAACACGAGAAAAUGCUAUAGCACACUGGAGAGAUUUAUUAGGCCCAAAGACUGUUGAAGAUGCUAAGAAGGAAAAUCCGAACAGUUUGCGUGCAAAGUAUGCAGUCAACAACAUACCUAUUGACCAGCUGCAUGGUAGUUCUACACCCGCUGACGCUCAGAAGGAAUUACAGUUCUUCUUCCCUCAGGAGCACACACUGGCAUUAAUCAAACCAGCUACUGCUAAGAAACAUAAAGAUGACAUUAUGCAAAAAGUUAAAGAUGCUGGAUUUACCAUCUCAAAGAUUAAAGAAGCUUUAACUCGUGAAAUGGCUACACAGUUUUAUAAGGAUCACAAAGGAAAACCCUUUUUUGAACAGUUAGUGACUUGUACGACUGAGGGCCCAUCGGUGAUAAUGAUCUUAACAAAGGAAAAUGCUGUGGAAGAGUGUAGGCAACUAAUGGGUCCAACCAAUCCAGAAUUGGCAAAAGAGACAUCUCCUGAAUCAAUUCGAGCUCAGUUUGCACAAGACAUUUUGUCUAAUGCUGUUCAUGGAUCAUCUAAUGGAGAACACGCACUGAAAAGCAUUGAGUGUGUGUUUGGAGAGAAUGAUAUAGACUGA